AUGCCGUCGACCAACUCCUCAAGUUCCUUGAACCCCCAGUUGACUCCCGAAGAUGGAAGUUCCGUAUCAAGAGACCGGGACGCAGCACCAUCCAAUCGAGCGCAGCCUCUCGAACUCGGGAGACUACAAACUAAUUUUGAGGAGGAAGGACAAAGCGAUGCUAUAGGGGAGCUCCGGGAAAGGGGACAUCAUGACUUUAGUUUUGAAGCGAGUGAUGAGGACGGAAACGAUAUUUGUUAUAAAGAAACGGAUGUUUACGAUCACACGGAUGAACUCCCUUCCAAGAGCUUUACUAUCGAAGAAGAGAGGCGCGUGAUAAGGAAGUUGGACAGGAAAUUAACCAUGUUCAUGGCGCUGUUAUAUAUGUUAUCGUUUCUGGAUAGGUCUAAUGUUGGGAACGCCCGGAUCGCAGGCUUGGAAAAUGACCUGAGACUUACGUCCUCACAAUUCGAAUACGUUCUUAUGGCAUUUUAUAUCACAUACAUUUCUUUUGAAUGGAUGAUGCUCAUGUAUAAAGUCGUCCCUGCACAUAUCUACGUUUCUCUCUGUUGCUUCUCGUGGGGCCUCAUUGCCGCAUGCCAAUCUCUCGUGUCCUCAUUCUGGGCACUUGUGCUUCUGAGGGCCCUCCUUGGUACCGCUGAGGCCGCCUUUGGCCCAGGCCUUCCGUUCUACCUCUCUUUUUUCUACAAGCGCGAGGAACUCGCAUAUCGUACAGGGAUGUUCAUAUCUGCAGCCCCGCUUGCAACGUCCUUCGCUAGCACCCUUGCAUGGGUUAUUGUGAAGCUCAGCAAAGAUGGACCUAUCGCCCCAUGGCGCUCAUUGUUCCUAUUCGAAGGUUUUCCCAGCAUUAUCGUAGCGAUUUUCGCGUGGAUCUACGUCCCCGACAGCCCUGGCAGAGCCCGAUAUCUUACGCCUCGAGAGAGAAAAAUUGCAAAGCUACGGUUGAAAGUAAGAAGCGGCAUAGGCCACAGGGAUAAAAGACGCAAGCGACGAUUUGACUGGAGCGAGAUUUGGCGAACGCUUCGCGACCCCAAAUCGUAUCUCACGGCGCUUAUGUUCUUUAGCUGCAAUGUUGCUUUCAGUUCGAUGCCAGUCUUCCUCCCCACCAUACUCAAAGAUAUGGGCUACUCAACCCUAACGUCUCAAGCACUCUCCGCCCCGCCCUACAUUCUAUCAUUCGUAAUAGUCCUCCUCACCGCCUCUCUAUCAGACCGACGACGCACCCGCAGUCCCUAUAUCAUAACUCACGCCCUCAUCAGCUCAUGCGCGUACCUAGCCAUUGCUCUAACGGGACAUUUCCACACCCACCUCUCGUCCACCGUUCAAAUUCUCAUUCGCUACAUAGCCAUCUACCCUGCUGCUGCGGGAUUCUUCUCCGCCAUCACAGUAAUCAUCACAUGGACGAUGGACAAUCAGCCCGCGAAAGAGGGUAAAGGAACCGGAAUGGCAAUCUUGAAUAUCAUUGGACAGUGUGGGCCACUUGUUGGCACGAGAUUGUAUCCGGACACGGAUGGGCCAUGGUAUGUAAGGGGCAUGGCUGUUUGUGCACUCUUUAUGCUCUUCGUUGCGGGAUUUGCGCUCGCGCUGAAGUUGCUGUUGCAAAGAGAGAAUAAGCGAGUUUUAGGGGGUAAGGAUAUAUUAGAGGGGGAAGAGAUCGAGAUGGCUGAAGGGGAAUCUUUGGGCUUAAUGGGGCGAGGCUCCAACUCGGGUCGGUCGUCGAUAGCUGGAGGGGAGAGAAAUUCUCGUGAUGGCACAUUUAUAUAUAUCGUUUGA